UCUUCUUGCAGCGCUGCUCGGGUGCGGUCGUUCCGCGCGCUGGUCCGCGUCACACCAUAGUUCCGUGUUAUCACUUGCUACGCAGCGUGCAGUCAUUCGCUGCCCAGUGCCUCGCCUUUUGGCUUCGACAGUGACCGUUCCCAUGGAAUCUUAGCGAUAAAGAUAUUAAGCCAGUGGUUAAGCCUUUAUGAAUUAUUAUUAACAGCGACUAUUUAUCGUGCCCAGGAAGGCAGCGACCUUGCCUCGAACACCUGGGACAGGUGCCACGCUGCCCCUGACGACGACUCCUAUGCCCGAGUGACCCUUGGACGGGACCAUCGGAGUUCAGGUUCCCCGCCCCCAGUGUUAGUGACGUGGGCGGCGCGGGCGUGGCACGGGCUGGCCGCCGUAUAAGGAGGCAGGGCAGGCGCCACGCAGCUGCUCUAACAUCAGGAUGCCGGCCAGCGUCUCGAGCGGCGGGGGGUCGAACGGCGUCUCCCCGAACUACGAGAACUACGGCGUUGUGUCUUCACAGUACUACGAGUCGGGUCCGCCGGCGUCCAAGUUGCAGCUCUCCACGGGAGAGGAUGGAGAGGUUUAUGAGACCGUGAAGGAAGAGGAGUGGCUCACCAGGAAGAAGGUGACGACGACCAAAGUCAAGAACAUCGAGACGAGGACGCAGCGAAAGGUCGUUCUCGAGGAUGGCGAGGUCGUGGAGGAUUCGGGCCCGAUCGUGACCACGGACUGCAAGGAAGACACUGUCACGAACGAGGUCGUCGCGGAUGAGCACGUGACCCCCGAGGGACAAGAGGGCGGGGCCGACGACCCUCCGGGCGAAGGCUGGGUGCAGGUGCCCGGGGCGGUGGUGGUGUCGGAGAAGACGGAGCACAUCGUCAACUCGCACCAGGUGGCCGAGAAUCGCCGGGAGGAGGAGGAGGUUACUCACUGCGGUGACGUCACGAACCAGGAAGUAGUGGACCACGUGGAGGGCCGCAGUGACCUGCGAGCGCUGACGGAGGCGCGGCAGGGGCGUGGUUGGGAGCUCGCCCGCCCGGAGCGUCGCGUCGUGCACGAGUCCACGAGAAAGUGGGGGAACGUCGACACGGAGGACGUCAGGGAGACCAGUCGCGUCCAGGACGGGCACGUGGUAACGGAGACAGAGCGCACGACUCAGCACGAAGAGUACGACAACGAAUCCCUGCCUGACUCGGGGUCUUCCCUCAGCGACGGCUCGGUGCACGAAGAGGCCCGAGAAACCCAGCAUAACAUCGUGCACACGAAGGACGAGGACUUGGUGGAGUACUACGCGGUACCCAGAGGCGGCACGCUGGCGCAGGGAGUCAAGCUGGGCGAGGGGAUGCAUGUAGUGAGCGAGGACUUCCACGAGGACCGGGAGGGAGAGGAUUUGGAUUCUCUUAGUGAGCGGCUGCGUCGAGCUCGCCGCCUUGGCGCUCUCAAGCCCAAACCUCGGGACACCCCAGAGCGGACAGACGCCCUCACGCGUCGUCCACUUGACUACCACCAGGAGGAAGAAACUCGAAAGUCAGAAACAAAUCGUUGGCUCGAGAACCACUUUGGCAGCGAGUCGGGUCGCUCCGGCAGCUCGCACCACGACCUUGAGGACGACAGUGCAGUUCAUACAGCCGGAGGGAACGUGAUCACCAUCACCAUGAGUCCCCGGCCCGCCACCCCUGAGGACGUGACUGACGCUGCGCCUACGAGUAUGAGGCGUUGGGGCAACACCCCCCUUACAUCGACCCCAACACAGGCCUCAAAGGCACCUCCUCCUCCGCCCCCUCCAAAACCAGCUGCAGCUUGGAGUCCUCCGCCCCCUGUGAACACAUCUUCCACGAGCCAGCGGGAACCUCACGCAGAGGAAAUCACAGACUCCAUGAUAGCAGCAGCCAGAGCAAGGCUUCGCUCAACAGGCCGCAUCUUGGAUGACAGUGAUCAGGGAACACCACCAACUAGUCCUCCAGCGACCAACGGUACAAGAUACACAAGUUUGCCAGAGAAAGUGCACUCCUCCAGAGCAACUUUCACUCCUCCUCCAGUUUCCCCUCCAGGAGUCAAUGGGCGCUCGUCGGAUGAUCCCGUGUACGGCAGCAGAUUCAGAUCUGGCAGCCCUGGUGGUUUCAUGCAAUCGCGCAUCUUUUCUACACCAAGCAGGAACUCACGCCAGUCUCCCCCUGACAGCCCUCCUCCGCCACUGCCAUCAACACCACCCCCGCAGGCUACUAAUGUGGGCAGGUCACAGUCCUUCAAUGUGACUACAAACUCCUGGCUUGAUAACAGCACAACGUCAUAUUCAUCAAGACCCCUGGAGUCAAGGAUGAAGGAGUACCGCAGCGAGGAGCAGCUGGACGCCGUGGGACACAAGCCCAGCAAGCGCUGGCCGCCCCCGCGUGACCCCUCUCCUGAGCCCAGGCGAGAAACGACCCCUCCACCUCCCCCUCGCCAGCGAGUGUCAUCUGCAUCACAGACCAACAAUGCACAUUACAACACAGCGCCCGCUAGGUCCUCCAGAUCAUCCAGGAAGAAGGAAAUUUCCUCACAGACAGAAGCUAGAGACUCGGCCACACAGACUGGGCCGUCACCUGUGCCGCCACCACGCACCAAGCGGAAGAACAAGCCUAGGACAUAUUACUUUGGCCAAGACUCUUCAUCCAGCACUUCGGAGUCAAACCGAGGAAGAACACCAGUAAACUCAACUUCCACAACCACUAUGUCAUACACAAGGACCACCAAGGACAAUAGGUCCUCCCCCAAAGUGGAGCGCAGAUUUCGCACAGAGAAGACCAUUACCCCAGUGGUUGUUGUUCCUGCUCCUGGCAUCAACAACCACCACAGCAGUGUUGAACGGACCUCCAGUCAAAAGAGUCUGCAGAAUCGGUCUUGGCACUAUCGCAGUAUGGACGAGCUAAGCAGUGGAAUGGAGAACUCGACACCUCGGAGCUCCUGGACUAACACUGUGGAUCCUCGCCGCCGGCCCCGCAAUUACGGUGACCAAACCAAAGAACCUGAAACAAGAACACUUCCGAAGAAGCUCGUCAAUGGCACAUCAUCUCCCAGCAAAACCUAUAUUUUCGGUGGUGAUAAUACCUCCAGCAGGAGUCGUCUCAGCUCCGGAACAUCCUCCAACCUAAGAAGGGCCCAUGGCGGAUCAAUGGUGAAUGUCUCUCUGGCCGGCAUGUCCUCCCCAAAGAGUCCCGUCCAGCCAGAACCACAGGAGACCUUCUCUUCCUCGAGAAACUCAAGACAUGUGUCCAGAAGCCACAGCCUGAAUGUAAAACCAGCAGGACUCUCUGUGGGACCUCCCAUUAAUGUGGGGACCAGCUUCCCCACCAGUACGCUCAGCAGCCAGCAACGCACUUCUUCUAUGUAUAAGUCCACGCCAUACUUGCGCAGCCCUAACCUCAUCGCCACCAUUGCCCGCUCCAACUCCACGCGGCGUACAGAAGAAGAUCAACAUAGUGGGGAAUAUGAGAGCGCCACAUCACCGCCCUCAUCUGAGAGGCGUCAGUGGUCAAACGGGUCCCGUUACAUCCCCGAGAAUAAUAGAAAUAGCAACAGAAAUGAUACAGUUACACAUAAUGGUAGCAUUAACAACCGAGAUGACGAAAAGCGUGACAGGUUCAUGAAAGGCCUCCUCACCUCCGCACCAGAACUGUACCACUUCAUACACGGCGAGGAUAAUGGCAAGCAAAGCAGCGACAAUGCUAACAGAACUCGCAACUCCCCAAAUCCUCCAGAAUCUCCUCCUCAGCUGAUCCGACCUCCGGGGUCCCCUCUCACUUCCCCAUCAGCCACCUCCCCCCACGCCUCGUCAGCACCCAGGAUUUUCACGUUUGGUCGCGGUGAAAAUGGUUCUUUGAAGCGCACGCCGUCCCUCUCUCAAGAUAACAAUAACCGGUUUAGUAGUUUGGGCAGACACCGGGAGAGUCUUAAUGACAACAAUCAUUCCAACUACCGAGAUCAGUACACCAACGGAAACAACAAUAAUAAUACCAACCAGAGGAACAGUCUUAGCUCCCAGUACCACCGCAAUGCCAUGCUGAACAAUGCUAACGAUGGGACAAGCUCCCUGAACCGCCCAAGAUUCAACUUGAAAGCGGCGGGAGGAUCGCUCCUCUACUCGCCGUCCUUCCGCGGCCGCAACGACCAGUCGUCUUCAGCCCCCAACUCAUGGACGCGCCGUGGCUCGGACGAGUACCAGUCGCCGUCACAGAGGUGGAGGGACCAAGAGGACACCAUCGGGGGGAAGUCCGGAGGGAAAGUGACUUCCAACAUCACCCGCGACGGUGCCGUUCUCAUUCCCGUGAGGGACUGGAACAGCCGCUGAGGAGUCGUGGCCGGCGCUGAAGGGAACCUGAGUCCUCACCCCAGACCAGAGACCUCUCGACGCAGAGUGAUCUACUAGUCUGACCAGUGAUGUAUUGGAUGACCCUAAUUAUGCAAAUUCAGGAAUAGGGAACAAAAAAAUACGUACAUGUUGCAAGCGUUCCCCUAAAGUCAUUCGAUUAUGUUCUAAAAAUCAUUCCAUUCAUUUUAAUUUAUUAUCCGUAUCUGUUGGUGGCCUCUGCAACACAUGAUGAACCCCCUCCAUCCCAUCCCUCCCCUGCGAGUCGAGAACGAUGGAACCCUUUUAGAGAACCUCACGUUGAGGUCUGGAGCUCUCCUGACCUCUCGGCCGGGAGGUUGGGGUGAGCCUCAACAGUGCCCUCACAACAGAGCUGGUUCUGGUCUGUCCCUGAGAGUGAGGCAAGAGACGAGAGAGGCGAUGAUUGAUUGACUUGCAAGAGUGUGAACUGCAAUGUGCCAUAAAUCCACGAAGAGGUGUAAGCGUUGGAGCUCUCUGUCCUCGACUGUCCACGACGAAGGACGUGCCCGCGGCGAAACCCUACCGUCUCGCAGUCCACUCGAGAGGGGCAGUAACAGACUUCCUUUUUAGCUUUAGACGGGCAGGUUACAGUCCUGUGCCGCACUGGGCGUUUUGUGUACGCUUACAUCAUCUUUAUGAUUAGAGAGACUUUAGGGUCAGCCCUAAUUUCUCUGUCUCUGGCUAGAGCCUGAAAUGUCUAUGAAAGGUCGGGGAUAUCUACUUUUGCCUUAAUUGAUUGCACUGUAGAUUACAUAUGAUGAGUUUCAUAAUUUAUUUAAUGAGGCGAUAUUUUUCCGUUUAUGUCAUUACAUGUUCAUCAUUUCUCUCAAAAAUCAGUUUUAUCCCAAAGAUGUAUGUUUUCACGAUAGAUUUUGUAGCCGCUUUCCCUUUCAUCGCCAUAGAUAUGACCCUUAUGUAUCCCCAUCUUAAGGAGAUAAUUCAGAGCCACAGUUUGUCGAACUGAAGUCAGUGAUGGUUGUACAUGAUAGAAUUAUCUUAUAUGAUAGCUAUAUUUGCCUUCCGUAGCUUUACAAUUAAUAAUCUUCUAUUUUGUACAUUAUUUUGUAAUUAACUUUUUUAAACUAUAAGAAUCACUUGAUGAUUUGAUGUGCUUCCUUAAUGUUUCCUCGUGUUAUACUGGUCGUAGUUAUAUAUACAUUUAUAAAUGGCGAUGAUAUAUAUGAUUAUCGACAUGCACUUAAAACUGUAAGUCAGUGAAUUAUUUAAAUGAUGCCAUAGUCAUGAUAACAUGAUAUAUGCCAAAUGUGAUGUGUCAUGCAUCUUAAUAUAUGGAUUUAUAUAAAUACAUGAUAAGUAUGAGCCCAUUAGCAUCUUCAACCUUGCACCCUUAAGCUCUAGGGUUUGGCAGAUUAUUAUGAGUGACAGACGAGACCUUCAGUCUAGAACUUGCUAAGCGAAUAAGUACCGAGUCUCAUACUUAUGUUAGAUUAAUGCAGCUAUGCAAAUGAAGAUUAACACAGUCCAUAUUGUAAACUGUGUCACUCUAAGAGGCUAUGAAGAUGAUGACCUUUGAUUAUAUGACUUGUGUUUAUAACGGAGCCCAUUGAGAGGGAUUCAAUGUCCAAUAUAUGUAUUUUCUGUAUAGUUUUUGGUGAGUCGGAAUAGUGUCGCCAUUAACCAACUACUGAUGUUAUGAACUUGAAUAGGUACUACUCUAUAUUGAAAUGACAUACCGUCAUCGACGCAUUAUUGCGUCGUAUAAAAGGAUAUUUUGAUUGAUAAAAGAUGCUCUUAAGAUAUUUAAAACAUGAAGUAAACAGUACCUAUUAUCAUCACUCUAAUUAUGAUAAUGAAAUUUGAAUCCAGACUGAGUAGCAGUUGCUAAUCAAGAAAUUAACUGUAUGCAAUGAGACGAUACAUUGUAUUAAAUCCUAAUUGUGUGAAUUAUUUGCUUCAUUAACCAUUUUUUAGUACACGACAGAUGUACAUGUAUUUAGAAAAUGCAUUUCCAUGUCAAUGAUUUUGUAUCAUCAAGUCCUUCAAAUAAAAAGAUGCCGAA